GAAUUCUAUAAAGGGGACAUAACGCCCUACAAGCCACAUCGUUUCUUGAAUUUGGUAUGGACACACGCACGACACUUGGCUGGUUACGAACAGCAAGACGCACAUGAGUUUUUCAUUGCUGCGUUAGACGUGCUUCACAGACAUUCUGGAAGUAGUUCACUUUUAAAAACGCCACAAGAAUGUAAUUGCAUAAUUGACUGGAUUUUUACGGGUAAAUUACAAUCAGAUUUGACGUGUUUGACUUGCGGAGGCGUUUCAACAACAGUUGAUCCCUAUUGGGAUAUAUCGCUGGAUGUUGGUCAUGAAGCUUUGUUAUCACCGACAUCAGACGGUGCAACGAACAUAUCACUAGAGGAUUGUCUUCAGAGAUAUAUUCGUCCAGAGCAAUUGGGAAGUUCAGCGAAAAUCAAGUGCGCGAGAUGUGAAACUUACGAAGAGUCAACGAAGCAGCUAACCUUAAAAACACUCCCAAUGGUUGCAUGCUUUCACCUGAAACGUUUCGAGCACAACUCAAAGCAUCGUAAAAAGAUGGACACUAAAGUUUAUUACCCGCAAUUCAUUGAUAUGACUCCAUUCACGGCAGCCUAUCGAGAGAGAUCCAUCCUCGACGAACAUAAUUCAGAUAGUAUGGUAGCGGAUGCGUUAACAAAGAAUCGAAAUAAGUAA